AUGAGCAAGCGGGUGCCUGCAGCGCUCCACACUGAGCUCACAGAGUACAGCGCGCUGCUGCGUGCCUUGCACACGAGCAGCAACCUCGAUCUCGCGACGCAGCUCACGCACGCCGUCCCUGCUUGUCGGCCCAUCUCUCCCGACGAAGCCAGGGAAGAGGGCACAGAAGAGGACGAAGACGAGGACGAGGACGAGCGACUGCCUUCCGCGUCGGCCUCGCACGAGAUCCUGCUGGAUGGCGAGGGCUCCCCACGCAAGCGGAAGCGCACGGGCGGGGGGGAGACAGGUGCGAAGACGAAGGCGAAGAAGGGACGCGUGCGGGAUACGUGGACGCGCUGGCCGCUCCUUGCGGGGGAUGUGCAUGUGCCGGAGUGGGGGCUGGAAGACGAGGUGAAGCUCCUCGCGCUGCAGGUCCUCAAGGCAUUGUCUGGGUCUACUUCUACUCCUGGUGUCUCUGGCUUCCCUGCAACUGCCGCCGAAGAUCUUAGCUCAAGCCCUCCCCCCUCUCCGGCGAUGGGCACAGACGUCGACGUCGACGACGGCGAAGAGGAGGAGGAGGAGCUGCUAUCCCAGCCGAGCCUGCGCGCCCUCACCGUCUCCUCAGCGACACACCUCGCGCAGAUCUUCGCGUUGCUAGUCGCACAUGUUCCUGCAACAGAGAAAAGCAUGCAGAACCGCAUCCACCCAAUUGGUUGGGAGACCGUCCUGGACGUCGCGGGCGCGUAUCAGUUCUUCGAUGCCGCCGCAAUCGAACGCGUGCAGAGGCGGAUGGAGGUGAUAUACGGGCCGUCGCGCUCGCAUGUGGUGCACCGGGUGCAGUCGACGUUCCUCGCACAACAGCGUCUCGACGAGCUCUCUGCGCGUUAUGAGCUCAGCUAUUUGACGCUACCCGGGUAUGAGGCGGAGUCGCCGCCCCGGCAUAAAUACAGCAGAGGUCCGUACAAGAAGCGGAAGACCAUGGCGGCCAAGGAACGCGUCUCCUCGGAAAAUCUGGAUAAGAUGGCCAAAGGGUGA